AUGCCGAACAUUGACAUAGAAAAAUUAGCAAUUUCCGUACUGGCGCAUGUCAAAUUAGCAGACCCGAAUUCCGAUAAGUGUCGGCCGAUUGAUAUGUUAAUCGGUGCCGGAUUGUUCUGGCAUCUAUUAUGCGUCGGUCAACAGAAAACAGGGACCAACUUACUGUGGCAAAAGACGCAGUUAGGUUGGGUGUUAGGGGGAACCGUAAAAUGGUCCAUUCAAAACAAACCGUCAAGGCAACAGUGUAAUUUCGUUACCAAUCACGAUCUUUCAAAUCAAUUGGAACAAUUUUGGAAGGUUGAGAACGUAACGGUAGAGCAGAAAGAUAACAUAGAUGAUUGCGAAUUACAUUUUCAAACCACAACGCGUAGAGAUGAAACUGGACGGUUCAUAGUACAGAUUCCGUUCAAUGACAAGAUCGGGAAAUUGGGAUCGACCAGACAUAGCGCAGAAAAUAGGCUUAGAUCGUUAGAAAACAAAUUCAGUAGGCAACCGCAGUUACGGGAAGAAUAUGUAAAAUUUCUCACAGAGUAUGAACCAUUAGGCCAUAUGUCGCGAGUCCCAAAUUCAGAGAUAGAUACCGGGCUAUCGUUUUAUUUUCCUCAUCACGCCGUAACGACGAAACUUCGUGUUGUAUUCGAUGGAUCGGUAAAAACAAGCACGGGCAUUUCAUUAAACGACACUCAGAAGGUCGGCCCAACAGUUCAGAGUGAAUUAAUAGAUAUAUUAUUACGAUUCAGAAUAUACAAGUAUGUACUUUCAGCGGAUAUAGAGAAGAUGUAUAAACAGAUUUUAGUAGAGCCAAAACAACGUAGUUUACAACGAAUUUUAUGGCGGUCAAGUCGUGAUGCUCCAGUUGAAGUAUACGAACUGAAUACAGUUACAUAUGGUACAGCUUCCGUGCCAUUUUUAGCCACGCGUGUAUUAAAGCAGAUUGGAUUAGAUUGUGCUACAGAAAAUUCAACCGUUAGCACGAUUAUCAUUAACGACUUCUAUGUUGAUGAUUUGUUGACGGAUGUGGAAACAGAAUUAGAAUUAGAACAAGUUAAAGAGGCGUUGUCCGAUAUUUUAGGAAGGGCAGAAUUGCAGUUAAGAAAAUUGUCUACGAACAGUUCAGCGUUUUCGAAGCAUUUAGAUAUUCAGGACAAAAUGUCAAAUAUAGAUAAGCACCCGAAAAUCCUCGGGUUGCAAUGGUCGCCAGCUACAGAUGAGCUCUGUUCUUCAACUACACCAUCAGCACAUAAACGUGUGACAAAACGCACCAUUUUGUCGCAAAUAGCUCAAAUUUUCGACCCGUUAGGUUUAAUUAGUCCAGUGAUAACCAAUGCCAAAUUAAUAAUGCAACAGUUGUGGCAACUGCAGACAAACUGGGAUGAAUCAGUGCCUCAGGAUGUGUACAAGCAAUGGAUAGAUUUUAUUACAGAGUUAGAGUUCUUAGAUAAAGUAAAGAUUCCUCGUCGAGUGAUUGUUGCUACGGGAAGGGUAGAAGUAAUUGGAUUCUCUGACGUAUCAGAAAAGGCGUAUGGGGCUUGCGCCUACUUACGGUCACGCGGUAGAUCAGGUCAAUGGGAGUCUAGGUUAUUAUUAUCAAAAUCGAGAGUUGCCCCUUUAAAGACAAUCACAUUGCCCAGAUUAGAACUUUGUGGGGCAUUGCUACUUGCGAAGUUAAUUAAAAAAAAUUGGUUUCAUUUUCGGUCAUCUGAAAACCCAGCAGAUUUAAUCACUCGUGGAAGUACUCCUAAAUUGCUGGCCAUUAAUGAGUUAUGGAGGUCAGAUCCGGGAUGGUUAAAGAGUGAGUCGGACCUCUGGCCACAAUCAUUAGAAGAAAUAGUUAACAUUCCAGAUCAAAAGAAAUCCAUAGUCUCAGUAAACAUCGUAACAUUGGACAACAAUGAUUUAAUUGAACGGUACUCUGAUUUCGACCGGUUACUUAGAGUUACAGUUUAUUGUCUCCGGUUUAUUAAUAACGCGCGGAAACUCAAGACAAAUAAAUCGACAGCGUUAGGAAACAGUCAGUUAUCAGUCAUAGAAUUACAAGAAGCGCAAAAAAUAUUAAUACGAGUAGUUCAAAAAACAGCAUUUUCCAGUGAAUUUCUCUCGUUAAAUAAAAAUCAGUCAAUGCAGAAACAAAGCCCAUUACAGGCUUUGGCUCCGUUUUUAGACGAAACAGGCAUUAUUAGAGUUGGCGGGCGUUUAAGUAAUGCGCUUAUUAAAUACAGUAAGAGACAUCCCAUUUUAUUACCAGCAAAGCAUAAGUUCACUGAUUUGAUUAUUAGGCGUGAACAUAACAGACUACUUCACGCGGGCUGCCAGCAAGUAAUCGCGUCACUGCGCGAAAACUUUUGGCCAAUCAAUUGUACACGCAAUGUGAAAAGAGUUAUUAGAGGCUGUAUUAGGUGUUUCAGAGCCAACCCACGGGGAGUACAGUACCCUAUGUAUCAGUUACCGGCGGUCAGGGUAACACCUGCACGACCAUUCGCUACUUGUGGAGUAGAUUACGCGGGCCCAUUUCUAACAAAAGAGCGUAGCCGCAGUAAGACAUCAAUAAAAUCGUAUAUUUGUCUUUUUCUGCGUUUCGCCACCAAGGCGAUCCACAUCGAGUUAGCAAUAGAUUUAAGUACCAAUGCAUUUAUCAACUGUCUUCGACGGUUCGUAGCUCGCCGAGGCUGUUGUCAACACAUAUUUUCGGACAACGGAACAAAUUUCAUAGGUGCAAAAAAUAGAUUAGCAGAUCUAGAAAAAUUAAUUACUAGUGAGCAGCACAAUUCGGAAAUUACAAAAUUUUUAUGCGGAAAGAUGAUACAGUGA